GCGGAAGUUUAGAAGCUCCUGUUUACAUGAACGGUGUCUGUUUUAUGCAAUCUCAGCGAGUUUCUGUCCGGCUUUAAACUGUAAAAAGACAGUAAAAUGUUUAGAAACUGAUGAGGAGACCUCGUUGGUCCGUCAUGGAUAAAAUGCAGGCGGUUCGGUCGCUGGUCGCGGACAGACUGGCGGCAGCUGCAGAGGAUAUUUGCUCAGCUGUGGAGAAGCUGCUGCACACAUCAGAAAUGUCUCCUGAAGAGCAGAGGGCAGUUGUACGCAAGAGACUGCUGGAGGUGGCUGAUGAGAUAUUCAGGUUCUUUGAGACAAUGGUGGGUGAAUUUGAAGCAGAUUCAUCUCACUCAAAUCAGGAAAAUGAAUGUCGGUGCAGAAUGAACACCACGUCGAAGACAGAGAUGCACUCACACACAGCAGAGAAAAUGCAGGGUAACAAAUGUUUGGACAAACCUACAGAGACAAACUCAAAGUUUAUUGAUGGUAAGUCCUCAAAGUUUCAAACACAACAAGAAGAAAAGGGCACAGAAAUGGAUGAACGUUGCGGGAUGACUGGCAGUCGGGAGCUUGAAUCAAACCAAAGAGGAGCAGCUCAGAGCAGAAAUCAGGGUUUGGACUGUCACAAAAUGUUGGGAAGAACUCGCUGCAUAGGUGCUGCUGGGAAGAGGCUUAAAAAGCAACACAAGAAAAUAGCUGCAGACAAAAAUAAAAAUACCAGACAGAGGAGUUGCAGAGUUUGUGGAAAGUUUUUCCAUUACAAACGCUCUUUUCUGAAACAUGCAUUAGAGCACGAGCACAGCGCAGAUGUGUGUGGAGUCUGUGGAAAAUACCUGGACUCUAAUGAAAGACUGACGGUGCAUUUAAAAACCCAUGAUGAGGAAAAAUGCUUUAAGUAUGAAACAAAUGACAAAGAGUCAGAAGCAGAAAUGUUUGAGAGUAAAGAGGGAGAAAGUGAUGAGAACUGGCAGAUAACUGAAGGAAGUGAUAGUGAUUAUGAGGAUAAAGAGGAAAGAAAAAGAGAAUUUUCUUUACAGAAGACAAAAUCAAAAGCACAGCCAAAGAAGUCCAAGGAUGAUGAUGAUUCAUCCCAUCUGAAAUAUGGCUGCAAAGUGUGUGGCAAGACUUUCUGCUACAGAGCCUCUUUUUUAAAGCAUGUCCAACAAGAAGAGAAGCAGGCAGACCUUUGCGGUGUUUGUGGGAAACAUUUUGAAAGUGAGGAAAACUUGAGGCUCCACCUGCAAACUUACAUCAGGACAAAUGAAUGUGAGGUUUGUGGGAAACAUUUCGAUGGGCACACACAGCUGGAGAUGCACAUGAGGACCCACACAGGAGAGAAACCAUUUGUCUGCACCAUCUGCGGCAAAGCUUACGCCCAGAACGGAAACCUGAUGGGACACAUGAGAGUUCACACCGGGGAGAAGCCGUAUGUCUGCAGCGUGUGUGGUCAGACCUUUAGCUUUAAGGAAUACAUGAGGUCUCACAUGAGGAUCCACACAGGAGAGAAGCCCUUCCUUUGCAGCGUGUGUGGGAAGGGCUUCAGACAAAGGGGGACUCUGAAAACACACAUGAUGAUCCACACUGGCGAGUCCACACAUCAGUGCAGUAUCUGCGGCAAGAAGUUCUACAAGAGCGGAGCCCUGAAAAUCCACCUGAGGUCCCACACGGGAGAGAAGCCGUACCUGUGUAACAUCUGUGGGAAAAGCUUCAGCGCCGGAGGCUCGCUGACCAAACACAUUGACGUUCACAAAGGGGAGCAGAAAUACCGAGGUGGCAUCUGCGAGGAGGAAUUCCUAAGGAAAGACGACCUGAAAGGACACGUUCAGACUCACAGGGAUGAAUCUGAUCAGCUGUCACGCCUUUAAGGCUAAGAUGAAGUGCUGUCUUUUGGAAGAGGAGUUUAAAUUUUAGAUUUAAACUUUGUUGAUUAUGAAUUUAUUGAUUGAUAAAUGACAUUUGAUUUUUAUUCCUUACUAAAGCUUUAGGAUGCUAACAAACCAUGAAAAAUAGUAUUACUUUGAUCAGAGCUGGUGUGGAACCAAUUUUCAACCGGAGGGUUUUAUUUUUAAGACCAGCCCACCUCUUUUUGAUGUGGAGUAAACUGGAUAAAUUAAACAUCUGUUCACUACCAACAAUCCUGUCAUUUUUAUUGUGAAAAUAAAGACAUUAAAAGCC